AACCGGACCUUGACUAACUGGAUUUUACAGAAUCUCCUCGGGUCAUCAAGUCCAAUAAACAAUUUUUAGUUUAGACGUGAUUUGUUUACAGAAUGUUGCUGCGUUAUUUCCUAUUAGGUUUGUGUGUUAAAUUAAUAUGUACGAGUAACAAUACCAGUGAAAAUAUACCAGACGAAUAUAUCGAGGAGGAUUCUUUUUACCCACCUUUUGAAUGGUCUGAUACUUUUGACUGGAAAGUUUUGACGAUUCUCUCUCAACAAUCAGAAAAUGUUCUAUUUUCUCCCACAAGCCUAAAACUAGUAUUGGGAAUAUUAUAUGAAGCAUCCAGUGGAAAAACCCAAAAAGAAUUUGAAAAUGCGUUGCAAUAUUUAUCCAAAGAAAGUGUCCGCAAUAAAACCAAAGAUACUAUUGAAUCUCUACAUGUGAGUCCAGAAAGUAGAAAUAUAUUAAAGUUCAAUACCAAAUUAUAUUUGGAUUCAAGGCUCAAGAUAAAAGAGUUAUUUGCCAAACGAAUAAAAGAAUAUUAUGAAACCAAUGUGGAAUGCACAAAUUUCACUGAAGCCGAGAUGUCAGCCAAUAAAAUUAAUUCUUGGGCUUCUGAAUCGACACUGGGUGCCUUAAAACAACUUGUUGUUCCAGAUGAUAUAAAAGAUAUGACAGCAUUAUUAGUUAAUGCAAUAUAUUUCAAAGGAUUUUGGAGGCACACAUUUCCCAAAAAUGAAACGCACAUUGCAGGAUUUUUUUCAGAUCCAGAGUCAAAAAUGGCUGUAUAUAUUCCUUAUAUGACAACCUCCAGCUCAUUUUAUUAUUUCAAAUCGCAACGGCUGGAAGCCAGAAUUUUACGAAUGCCUUAUAAGGGCAAUCAGUUUUCAAUGUUUUUCAUUUUACCAUUUUCGAAAGGAGGGCUUCCAAAUUUAAUAAAAAAUAUCAACUUGUUGACACUUCAUCGCGAGUUGUAUUAUCUUGCUAAAACCCCAGUCCUUGUCACCAUACCUAAGUUUUCUUUCAAACUAAAAGCUAGUUAUAAGGAUAUAUUAAAACAGUUUGAAUUUCGUGAAAUAUUUGAAAAUACUGCUAGUUUCCCUGGUAUAGCAGAAGGCAAUAGCUCAGUAUUGACGGAUGAGCUUAUUGUAUCAGAUAUAUUACAGUCAGCUAGCGUGGAUGUAGAUGAAGAAGGUAGUGAAACUUUUGCAGCAACAGAUGUUAUUAUCGGAAAUAAAAUCGGAGUACCAGAGAACGUAUUCAACGCGAGCCAUCCAUUUUUAUUUUUCAUUCAAGACGAUACCACUGGAACGAUUCUUUUCUUAGGCAAACUUUCAAAACCUACAAACCAGCAACUUGAAAUUAAAAAGACACCAGACAUACCAGAAGAUAUUAAAAAAGAGUUUCAGCAGACUUCAUCCCCUCCGACAAAAGAUCCUAUAGCAAUAAGAUAAUUUCUUGGCCUAAGUUAUGUCUGAAAUAUAUUUUA